ACCCGAAAAUGGGAGAAGCUGCCGGGGAAGAACACUUUCUGCUGUGAUGGACGUGUGAUGAUGGCCCGGCAGAAGGGCGUCUUUUACCUGACCCUGUUCCUCAUCAUCGGCACCUGCUCCCUCUUCUUUGCUUUCGAAUGCUAAUAGGGGGUAGAGUGAGGCAAGAUGCAGACCUUGACCAUCCUGGGGCACUGUGGAGCUGGGAGGAGGGGCUGAACAGAAUGGGUGGAGCUGGAGAGCAUAAAUAAUGAUGGUGUAACGACCAGCUGUGAUGGACCUCCCAGGAGCAUUUAAAGGCUUUGUUGUACAGCCGCCUUGAGACUCUACACAAUAUGGUGCCAAGAUGGUAGCAGAAGUAGACCGGAGUGCAAACAUACCGAGAGCAAAGAGCCGGAGAAUGUGGUGCCCGUACCUCGGGGUGCACCUGUCCCCGGCCAUCCCGGCGUUUGCGGUCGUGCUCUUCCUGUUCGUCAUGGCCGUGCUGCUGAGGACCAGUUUCAGUGACCCCGGGGUGCUGCCGCGGGCGUUGCCGGAUGAGGCUGCAUUUAUAGAGAUGGAGAUCGAGGCAGCCAUUGGGAGCGUCCCGGCAGGGCAGCGCCCGCCCCCUCGCAUCAGGAACGUCCAGAUCAACAACCAGAUUGUGAAGCUGAAGUACUGCUACACCUGCAAGAUCUUCCGGCCCCCCCGAGCCUCGCACUGCAGCAUUUGCGACAACUGCGUGGAUCGCUUUGACCAUCACUGCCCUUGGGUGGGCAACUGCGUGGGCAAGAGGAACUAUCGCUACUUCUACCUGUUCACGCUGUCGCUCUCCCUGCUCACCAUCUACAUCUUCACCUUCGACAUCGUCCACGUGGUGCUGCGGUCGCUGGAGUCUGGUUUUGUUACGACCAUCAAGGAGACGCCUGGCACUGUGCUGGAGGUGUUGGUCUGCUUCUUCACAUUAUGGUCAGUAGUGGGGUUGACUGGCUUCCACACCUACCUGAUAACCCUCAACCAGACCACCAACGAGGAUAUUAAAGGUUCCUGGACGGGGAAGAAUCGAGUGCAGAACCCCUACAGUCACAGAAACGUCAUCAAGAACUGCUGUGAGGUUCUGUGCGGCCCUGCCUAUCCCAGUGUGCUGGACCGGAGGGGGGUGAUGCCAGAGGAAACACCUGCUGUUCCCCAGGAGCCAGAAGUCAAGAGCGCAGCCCAGCCACAGACCACUAGAACCACGGCCCCCCUCAUCCCCAACGAGCACAGUCCAGAUGACACCAAGCCCAAACUGGCUGCUGCCCCUGAGGAAGAGGAGAAGCAUCACCUUCCUCCGGACACAUCACUCCCAUCACUGGACACCUGCGCAGGCCCCAGCCCUGACCCCCAAGCCCCCCAGUAGCCAGGCUUAGUGAUGGGCAGGGACGGGAGGGAUUGGAGAAUCUCGGACGAACUUUUCUGUGAAAAGCACCCCUGAAGGUGUGACGGGUUGGCCGCGCGCGAGCACCACGUGGCUCCACGUGCCCCUCGAGGCAGUGUUUGCUGGAGGAGGAGGGCAACUCACCCGGAUUCCCAUCUGAUAGAGCCUUGUGUGAAAAUUUACAAAAAACAGAAACAGAGCACAGCAGAUUCCUUCAUGGUAGACGGCUGUGUGUGACCUGUGUUGGGGUUGCCACAUUUUUUGUCAAUUUUCUAUGUACUGUUCUGUCGUGUUGGGUUUCGGUCACUUAAUAAGCACACCGUCGGCGGCUGGAAAAGGCCUGACAACCCCCCCCCCGGCAAUUACCCGGCCGUCUCUGCGCGUCUCGGCAGGAGACCGGGGGGCAGAGGGAGCCCACACCUCAUCGUGCCAUCGCCCACUUCCGUCGGCCAUCUGGCGUCUCGGUAGUGUCCUCCACUUCGCUGCGGCGCCCCCUACUGCUUCCCGCACAGAGCCGCACCCACCCGCGUCUGUGUCCAGGGUUACCGGCACCGUGGAGCAGGUGGAGCAGGACAGGCCAAAGAAACUUUGCCUCAGAAAAAAAAAAAUGCGAUUUCUGCGCACGUGAAACGCAUGAAAUGACGCCACCCGCAAGGUGGGUUACUAUGUUCAGAAUAAAAGCAGAUCUAUAGGAACCUGCCCCUUUCUAAACAAAGAAGGGAAGGGGUUACAAAGAGGAAGAUUACAUGAGUGUAACAGAUUAAACUGGGGAAGUUCAUGUUGAAAUGCUUCUAGAUGACGCUUCCUCCAGUCAACAUCUAGCUGGCAUGAGAUUUCUAGGUUGAACCGAUUUGACCUAAAUGUCGUUAGCCUCCCCCCCCCCCCCCCCCCAAAAUGCUAUCUUCAGGAGCCAAAGGCCUGCUCUCUCUGUUCCCCUGAUCUGGCACCCUGUCUCUGCCUUCCAGCAGUUUCUCCCAGGCCCCCUGAAAGGGUGCGGUGCUCUGAAUGCUUCCAUUGGGCCCCCUUUGUCUGAAACCGAAAUGAACGAAGCUGCAGGUGAACAUUGACGGUGUUUAUUUGCAGAGUUAAAUUGAGCGACGAAGAGCAUGAGCCAGACAAUCAAGGCCUGGACUGUCAUGUUUGUUUGCCGAAGCUGGUUACUAAGACAAGAAGGCUUGGAUUACAAUGACAAUACAACUGUCAUAAAUUCAGUACAUGGUAUACAGUCUGUUUAAAUCCUAUUUAUAUUUACUUUUCUUUGUAAGACCAUUGUGAUUGUGUUUUCUUUUAAUUGCUUGACUUUUUACAUGAAUGAGUGGUGUAUGUUAAUUAAACCAGACUUGUCGUAA